AUGCGUUUACAACAGCUCUCGGUGCUGUUAUCCCUCCCGGCCACCAUCCUCUCUAUCGUCAUCUUCCCCGAAGCCGAGGUGUUCUCAAGUCUACCCCAACCGCAAGACCCUCUAGAAUCAUCCUCAUACCUUUCCCCGAAGACCGCAACUCGCCCCAAGCAGAUCGGCCAUGUCGAUUGCCAUAGAGCAAGACUUUCGCCCAAGUUUGAAGUCUCGGCGUCGCAUUUUGACCCCACGGAGGCUGUGGAGGAAGCCAGACUGUCCGCCGAUUAUGUCUCAGUCACAGACAUGGUCGAAGAGGCGGUCGACGGACAAAGAGUCAAGAUUACCAGACUAUCCCCCGAACAUGUCUCCCCCGCAGAGCCGGCAGAUGACGAUACGUACGACCAGCCUCUUCCUGUUGUGAUCUGGCACGGCCUAGGAGAUUCUGCCGACGCGGCAGGGUUGAAAGAGCUUGCAGAACUGAUAGCCCAUGUCCACCCGGGCACAUACACCUAUAUCAUCUCCGUGGCUGGCACAGGCGGUUCGGCAGAUCGACAGGCCUCGUUCUUCGGCAAUGUCACCCAGCAGAUCGAGACUGUCUGCCACCUGCUGGCACAAGACAACAUUCUCCGCACCGCACCGGCUAUUGACGCCAUCGGCUUCAGUCAGGGUGGGCAGUUUUUGAGAGGUUACGUGCAAAGAUGCGGCAGCUGGGCUCCCAAGGUUCGAUCUCUGCUCACCUUUGGAAGUCAGCAUAACGGCAUUGUGGAAUUUCAAAAGUGUGCCAGUAGCGCAGAUUGGAUCUGUCAAGGUGCCAAUGCCCUGUUGAAGAGCAGCACUGUGUGGUCGGAUUUCAUCCAGUCCAGACUCGUGCCUGCCCAGUACUAUCGAGACUUGAACGACUUUGACAAAUAUCUCGAGCACUCCAACUUCCUCGCAGACAUCAACAACGAGCGCAAGGACAAGAAUGCGACGUAUGCCAAGAACCUGGCCGAAUUGGACAAGUUUGUCAUGCUUGUUUUCCGCGACGACAAAACUGUCAUUCCGAGAGAUAGUGGCUGGUUCGACGAAGUCAACACUACGUCCAACGCAGUCACGAAAUUGCGGGAUAGACCGAUUUACAAGGAAGACUGGAUAGGACUGAGGGAGUUGGACGAGAAGGGUGCUCUGGAGUUUUUGACCCUUCCUGGCGAGCAUAUGCAGUUGGUAGACAAGGACCUGACGAAGCUGUUUGCGACGUAUUUCGGUCCUGCUGGCAAGACGUUCGGCAAGCCGUCACAGGGGGGAUCAGAGCCUUGGAAUUUGGAGUUGUAA